UCCCAGCUUAGAUCUUGAAUCUUUUGUAAUCAUUGUUUCACAUAAUUAUUAUCUUCUCAUACAAUGUGAUGAGGAUCUUCCAAUAAUUUAUAUAUACUAUUCUAAUUUUCGGAGUCUAGUAAGUACUUUCAUAUAUACUCCCAUGUACGACUAUACUUCUUAGAAUCAAUAAUUUGACUCUGUUAUACCUUCACUAUGAUUGUAGAAGGAGAACAUGUCUAUUUUUAGAAACUGAUAACCUGGAAAUUUAUGAAAUUGGAAAGCUGCAUAUCUCAUAAAUGAUAAUUAAGCAUGGGCGAGAGACACUUUCUGUGGGACGAGAUUACGGAGGGAUUGAUUCUAACGAGUGUAAUAAAGGCGGAGGAUGAACAAAUUAAGCGACAAAAGAAGCAAGUUACUGACAUCCCUACAUCAGAGAUUUAUUGUCCGCAUGCGUAUUUGAUUUUGAACUAUCGGGAAACAUUAAAUGAUAGUGAAAAGAUCAAAUUUCGGAAGCAUUAUCUAAGAAAAGUGACGCCAGACGAGCCAGAUAUUAUUAUUCUGCAAGACAUCAAAGAUCUCGUGCUAUUCCUUCUCGUGACGCCUAUCAGUCCACAAUUUAUAAACUUUCUGCAUUUGCCAGCAACAGAUCAAUUUCUCCGAGCGCUGAUUAUCUACUUUCAACGCUUUGUGGAGAUAUGGGAAGACUUGGUACAAGAGCGAGCAGCUACUAUGAAGAAGGCACCGAAUCCACUGGAGCGUGGCCAUAGGUCUCGAUACGCCGAGGAAUUGCGGGCUCUGCGUUGUGUCUUAGGUAGAGAGUACUGUGACUUGUUGUUAGGUUGUCGAGAUGGGCCCCGUUAUCAUCACAUGAUGAGCGGCAGGAAACGCGCAAUCACACAAUCGCAGGGUGAGAAAGACCUGCGGAUCUACGAGCCGUUGAUCAGCGUAGCUCAUCGGGUUGUGUGGAUAGCAUUACAGCGGAAACAUUAUACUUUGAUCGAAUUAGAGCUGCACAGGCUGCUCCGAACCGAGGCGUAUAACACUGCGCAAAGACAAAGCGGCAGUCGGAUGAUUUUGGAUAUGCUAGAGGAUGAUAUCCGUAUACUACACGGACCCAAAACAAUUUGGAAAAGUCGAAAAUUACUGAGAAACUCUCCCUUACCUCACGAACUGAUGUACACGGAUUGCGACUAUCGUCUUCUAUUGUUAGGGAUGAUAGAUAUCGAUCUGCACCAUCCGAAAAUCGCCUAUCUGAAAAACGUUCUUCUUGUCGAGGAAGAGAUGUUAUCUCAAUUGGGAAUUAAAGUAGGCAUAUUGGGUCGCAAUCGCUCGGAGUUCGACAUAAUGUUAAUGCCGUACGAACCGGAAGAACCAGCGAAAAUUGAUUUGUUUGAUAAAAGAUUAUUGGAGACACGAAAGAGUAUCUUUGUGGGUAAAAUCUUGGAACCAAUUGAAGAUAUCGAAAGUCUACCCGAAUUAAUUGAAGAAUUUCCAGUCAGAGAAAUUAAGGUGAACAAGAAAUAUGAUAAAAUUCGCGAAAAGGCCCGAAUAAAAUGGAUACUUCGAGAGAUGAAACGACGUGAACGCAGAAUUAUCGACACUUACUCCAUAGCAACAACUAUAGAUUGAAUAUUCAGGAUAAAAUUCCCCUUUGUAUAUGGUAUAACAAAAAUAUUGCAAAAAACUAAAACGUUCUUUCGAUAUGAAAAUGAAAAGCUGUUUCAUUAUGUAGUUUGUUAUAUCAAUCGAUAUAAGCUGCAUUAUCAUUAGGACAUGAAUUAUAAGGAUGGAUAUAAACGGAACGCUAUAACACAAUAUAAAAAAUAUGCUUAUUAUAAUUGGUAAUGCCUAAUCAAGAGUAAUAAUGCUGAUAUUUUACAAGAAGGUUUACACAUGUAGGUACAUUUCAAGCAAUGCACUUUUUACGAUUAAAUUCGGCAUUGUCCUGUCCAUAAAUAAUUAUUAUACCUAAUCACUACCACUAUAUACGUAGUAACAAUACAUACGACGUUAAUUUUUAAUUCCCAAAAUGGAUCAAUUUGCAAAUUAUUCUGUUUCCGUUUGAAUCUAUGAUCAACUCGCUGUUCGCGUUUUUUGUAAUCGUUCACAUUCAGCUAAAUGUUCAUUAAAGUGCGCUUUGCUCUAAUAUGACUCGUUGAAUAAAUAACACGCAUUAUAUUGCAACAUAAAAGAAAAUAAAAGAAAAAGAGGUCUCAAUGUUUGGCACAGCAAUUUUGAUAAUAAAAACCAGAUUUUUAUAAAUAUCAGCCAGUCAUCGCGCGUACACUUUUUCGCAGAACGAAUAUCGUUUCAAGUGCUGUUUCAUCGGUAGCUAAAUUACGUAACGUAUGACAGUUUGCCGACUUUAUUACGAUAUGUAUUAAGAUUACGACUCACAGUAUAUCUGCAUAUCGCGUAUCCAUUUCAUAUUACUACUAUUACACGCGGAAUUAUAACAAUGUACUGUUGUAUACGUGUGUGGUAGUUUAGAAGUCAAAUGGCAGUAAACAACUUAGCCAUUCUCAUGCGUUAUCGUGUUAUCUAGUUUUACUUUAAGAAUCUGCCUUUAUAACCCGUUGUA